AAGAAAGCCUAAGACAUGAUGCAUCACAUUCUUCUGCUGCUCUUGUUGGCUGGCUCAACAUACGGUUGGCUGCCAGUGGAGCAGUGGGGCUCUGGAAAUGUCACGGGCACUGUGGGAGAAUCUGGGCAGUGUAUCUGCAAAGUAUAUCUUCCUGACACAACAUUCCCAGCAGAUCGUGUGGAUAUUGUGCAGAUUACUUCGAAUAAGCUGAGUGUUGAUGUGGAGAUCCAUAUCAACAAGGUGGUUUAUAUAAAAGCCCAGCUGGUUAUUCUUCUCUCGGAACUCACCAACUUAACCAGUCGUUUGGAUAUACUGGAGAGCGGACCUGACAAGUACAUCAAACUGGAGUUUGACCUCCUAAGAGUCGAGCUGCGUGAGUUUGAGUCCCUGGUCACACACCUGAAAACAUCCCUUAAUUCCUCCUCACCAAUCUUUGACAGUCUUUAUAAUGAGAUCCGCAAUAUGAGCCUGACUGUAGACCUGCUAGAAAGCUAUGACAAGAGCAACUUAGAAGUAAUCCGCCUUGAGUUUAUCAAACUUCAGAAGAAGCUGGAGAAAUGCAGAGAUGAACAAGAUAACUUCUCCAAUGCAGCCAUUGGUUCCUGCAAGCAUGGAGGUAUUCUGAGAAUCAGCAAGCCUGUAGUUAGCCAGUUGAAUGCAGAUUUGAGUGGAAGCUAUUUAUAUGGAGGAUGGGGCAAAGACUCUAGCCCUGUGCCUGGUUAUGAAAACAUGUACUGGUACUCUGCAUUCACUAACACACUGCUGAGUAGAAUUCAUGUUUAUGCCGACUACUACAGGUUAAUCAUGAGACAGCCAAUGAAAACUCAUGAGCUUUAUACCAGUCGUGACUGGAGAGGUCUCGGUAAUAACUACAUUAUUCAUGGGAACAACCUGUACUAUCAGUUCAGAGAACCUUUCAGCAUGGGCAAAUACAACAUGACCAGUCAGACAGCUGAGUACCGGGUGGUGCCGAGUGCCAGUAACAGAUUCUCUUACCAAUAUUCCGACAAUCAGAACUUAGACUUUGCAGCUGAUGAGAAUGGGUUGUGGGUGACGUACGCUACAGAGAAAGCAAAGGGCAAACUUGUGCUGGGCAAAAUAGAUGAGGCAGCAUUUGCGCUGUCAGAGGUUUGGGAAACUGGCAUUUUCAAACAAUCUGUCACGAAUGCUUUCAUGAUAUGUGGUGUUCUUUAUGCUACACGAUCUAUUGAUGCCCAAAAGGAAGAGAUCUUUUACACGUACAACACACACACGAGACAGGAAAACUAUGUUAGUAUUCAGUUUGAAAAGUUCCAAGAUUUUUAUGUCAACUUGGACUAUAACCCUAGAGAUCAGAAACUCUACAUGUUCAACAAUGGCUAUUAUGUCUCUUAUAAUGUCAAGUUUAAGGGUGCCUAGACAAAGACCAAAUACACAGAAAAAUCUAAAGAUGUGAAGGUAAUUCUCUGUUUAAUUAAAUGGACAUGUUCGAUGUUCUGUUUUGGAAAUGAAUAAAAUCAAUUUAAGCAAUAA